UUUCACUUUGGCGACACCAUCGCCAGAAAGAUCGUGCUGUUGUCAAUAUUUUCCCCGACUGAAGAUUCACAAGAAUGGCACAUCUUUCAACGAAUCCCGCUGAUAAAAACCGAUGGAUCUGUAUCUAUCCAGCAUACAUCAACAGCAAGAAAACUGUUGCAGAAGGGAGAAAAAUACCAAAGGAAAGAGCUUUAGAGAACCCUACUCUUGCUGAAUUGAGAGAUGUCUGCCAAUCAGUCGGGUUACCCGUUGCAAUGGAAGGUUCUAAGAUGUAUCCCAGAGAUCAGAACAGAGAUCCAACCUUUAGAGGGAGAGUUAGAGUUCAGUUGAAGAAUGCUGACGGAACUUAUGUCUUAGAGCAAUUCAAGACUAGACAAGAUGUCAUGUUCCAGCUCACAGAGCGAAUCCCCAUGCUCAAAUCAAGAACUCAAAAGCAGGGUGGAGGUGAGCAGCAACCCCAGAGCAGUGCAGGCAAAAAAGGAAAGAAGAAGGGAAAGAGAUAGUGUCUUUCACUAUUAAUGUAAUAUAUAUACAUAGUGAGUAGCUAAAGCUAGAGAAGAGCAAUAGUUGGUAGUUACCGUAAUUAACAUGUAGAUUUGUAGCGAAGAUUAGCUAUGACAUUUAUGUCUAGUCUAUUUUAUUGUAACAUUUAAUAAAAUUCAAACUUCAAUUUGUAAAAGGGGUGAAUAUUAAACUGAUAUGUUUAUUUGUAAGAAGAAGGGGGAGGGGGUAGGGUGGGAGAAAGAUUAAACAUUCCAAUAUAAAGGGAGGUCUGACGAAUGGAAGAAUUAAGAGGCAAAACUCUUGAAAAUAGUUUGUUUUAUUAUAUAAUCUAUAGUAUCAGGUAGUCUAAAUGGAUCCUACGAUCACUUUUACAAACACAAACAUUAUGAGAAAGCAAGUGCAUUUAUUUUUGUCUUUUAUUUGUACAAUUUAUUUCUUCUAAUUGGUGGUUAUUAUACUUUGGAAAUGAGAACAAAUGAGUGUAUUCCUUUUGUUGGUAUGAGAGGCUCUCACAUUAUUUGAGGAGAGCUAGAUCACAUCUCUUCAUUGUAUUCUGAUACAUUCAAUGCGAGAUACCCCAGUAAUAACUGAACCAAUAUCACUAAAAUGGCUUUUUCUUGCAGCAGUAGGAAAGCCCAAUCCAAACCAACAGGUGUCUCAUGUGAUUGCCUGUAAUUACAUGUAUGGGAAUAAAUCAGGUGGGGGGGGGGGGGGGGGGGGGGGGGGGGGGGAGGGAUGCGUUGUCAUCAAUCACAAUUAACCCCAUCUCGUAAAUCCAAAUUUUGAUUAAUGAUAAACAUUAUAUUGUCUGAAGAGUAAACAGGUCAGAUAAAAUCUCCAUUUCUUGCAAAUACUCCUGAACUUUAAGGCAGUUCUUUGAAAGAAACUGAAAAUAUCUAUAGUUCUUUUUAUGCAACUUAAGAAAUUGAUGCAUUAUGUUGUAGAUGCUGUACGAGAAUAUCCAAGAGCAUUCCAAGAGAUGAUUCAAUGUCUUAUGUAAAUCAGAGAGGUAUGGGGUUGUCCAUGAACUAAAGCAGGAAUGUUUUAACAAUUAUGUAGCAUACUUCACAGCCCCCAGUAAAGGCGGCCGACACUUCCAUGGUCAUCCCUCUGAAUCGGUAUAUACAUACAAAGUCUGUCCUUAAGAAUGGACUUAUCAAAGAUGCAUCCUGCAUGGAGGCCCUCUCUUGGCAAAGUCGACUCAAAACAAAACAAAUAGAUGAACCCAACUUGUGACCGAUUGGGGUUCUUCCAAUCAAUUCAGAUCAGUAACAAAUCUUUAUUAGACAUGAACCAGACUCAAAUUUUCUGAACGGUUUACAUUUAUUUCUUGGUUUAAUUUUGUUUUCUCUAUGAAUCAAUAGCAGUGGAUGGUUUUGAAAAUGGAUAUAUCUUGCUGUUGUAAACCAGCAUAAAAUAAUUGCAAAUGUCUUAAUAGUUGUCCAUACUGUACAUCUUUGUGUAUAAUCUUGUGGUGCCUUAUCUGGGCAAGUAAAAGGCAUGUUGUCCCUUACAUUACUGAUCACAUCAAAAACAUGUAAAAAUACCCGAUGAUCAUGAUAAGUUGAUAGUCGUACUCUAGUCUAGUGGAAUUAGACCAAGUAUCAAGGAAAAGUAUAGAUUCAAUGGUUAUCAUGUUAUUAAUUCCACGAUCUUAGACUUGCCCAUUUAUGGGUUGAAUAGAAAUGGGAAAGCAUCUUGGCCAUAAGUGAUGACGUGUCUAAAGUUGUUUUUUUCCUUCUGCUUAAAUUCAUUCUUCGAAAUGGGGUUGUACUUUUGCAAAUGUUCCUGUUCACCCAUUUUACCAUUCACAGUUCUUACUAGUAUAGUUACUGAUAUUUCUGGAAGUCUAUCCAUCUCACAUGCAGAAGAAAAUACAAUAAACUGAAUCCAUCUUGGGUA